GCCGAGUGGCCAUUCCCAGAAGCUGCGGCCUGCAGACUGACCACAGCAGAAGCUGCCCCACGAACAUUGUGUCAAAGAAUGCUAUGCAGUACCGUGGGAGCUCGCAGCACGAUGCCCAGGAGUUCCUGCUUUGGCUCCUAGACAGAGUUCAUGAAGAUCUGAACAAUGUAGUGAAGUGCAGCGACAGACCUAUACUGAAGCCACCCCUGGAAGACGAUGUGCUGCUCGAGGGACCGGCCUUUCCCGUCAGUAGUACUUUUGUGCAGGAGCUCUUUCAGGCACAGUACAGGUCCUCCCUGACGUGCCCUCAUUGCCAGAAGCAGAGUAACACCUUUGACCCUUUUCUCUGCAUCUCUCUGCCGAUUCCCCUGCCUCAUACACGGCCUCUGUACGUCACCGUGGUGUAUCGAGGGAAGUGCUCUCACUGCAUGCGGAUCGGGGUAGCAGUACCUCUGUCGGGAACAGUGGCCAGGCUGCGUGAAGCAGUAUCCAUGGAAACCAAGAUCCCCACUGAGCAGAUCGUGCUGACGGAGAUGUACUACGAUGGGUUCCACCGUUCCUUCUGCGACACCGAUGACCUGGACACAAUUCAUGAAAGCGACUGCAUCUUUGCCUUCGAGACACCGGAGAUAUUUAGACCCGAGGGGAUCCUUAGUCAGAGAGGAAUUCACAUGAACAAUAACCUGAAUAACUUGAAAUACGCCACUGACCACUCCAGAAUGACCUCUUAUACCCAAGGGGCGGUGAAGUCAGGGAAACUGGAAAUCUCCUCCAGCAGGCCAGCAGCCAGUGACAAGAUUGUACUGCUGGUUUGUAACAGAGCAUGUACAGGACAGCAGAGCAAAAGGUUUGGCCUGCCCUUUGUGUUGCACCUGGAGAAGACCAUUGCUUGGGACCUGCUGCAGAAAGAGAUCCUGGAGAAGAUGCAGUACUUUCUGCGGCCCUCGGCUUGCAUUCAGGUUUGUCCAUUCAGCUUGCGGGUGGUCAGUGUUGUGGGCAUCACGUACCUGUUACCUCAGGAGGAGCGACCUCUGUGCUACCCCACGGUAGAACGGGCACUGAAGUCUUGUGGUCAGGGUGGAACUGCUCAUGUGAAGUUAGUGGUAGAAUGGGACAAAGAGACUAAAGACUAUCUGUUCAUGAAUACAGAGGAGGAGUACGUCCCGGACUCUGAGAGUGUCCGUCAGCAGAGGGAGCUUCACCACCAACCUCAGACCUGCACUUUAUCUCAGUGUUUCCAACUGUACACCAAAGAGGAACAGCUUGCUCCAGACGAUGCAUGGCGCUGCCCCCACUGCAAGCAGCUGCAGCAGGGGAGCAUUACUCUGAGCCUGUGGACUUUACCCGAUGUUCUCAUCAUCCAUUUAAAGAGGUUUAGACAGGAAGGAGACCGAAGAAUGAAACUCCAGAACAUGGUCAAGUUCCCGCUGACCGGCUUGGACAUGACGCCUCACGUCGUUAAACGCAGCCAGAGCAGCUGGAGCUUGCCAUCCCACUGGUCGCCAUGGAGACGACCCUAUGGCCUUGGAAGGGAUCCCGAGGACUAUAUUUAUGACCUGUACGCCGUGUGCAAUCACCACGGCACCAUGCAAGGGGGGCACUACACAGCGUACUGCAAGAACUCAGUGGAUGGCCAGUGGUACUGCUUCGAUGACAGCGAAGUGCAGCCGUUGUCGGAAAAUGAAAUUUGCAAGCAGACGGCAUAUAUCCUCUUCUACCAGAGGCGUACAGCAAUCCCAUCAUGGUCUGCCAACAGUUCUGUGGCAGGUUCCACAAGCUCGUCGCUGUGUGAGCACUGGGUGAGCCGCCUUCCUGGCAGCAAACAGCCCAGCAUCGCCUCGGCAGCUUCCUCCCGACGCACGUCCCUGGCCUCGCUCUCGGAGUCAGUGGAGCUGGCUGGUGAAAGGAGUGAGGACGACGGUGGGUUUUCAACUCGGCCCUUCGUAAGAAGCGUCCAGCGCCAGAGCUUGUCUUCUCGCUCCUCCGUCACUAGCCCUCUAGCAGUGAGUGAGAACGGCAUGCGGCCUUCAUGGUCGCUCUCGGCGAAGUUGCAGAUGCGCUCCAACUCCCCCUCCCGCUUCUCGGGGGAUUCGCCCAUUCACACUUCGGCCUCGACGCUGGAGAAGAUCGGGGAGGCUGCCGAUGACAAAGUGACUACCUCGUGUUUCGGCAGCCUGCGGAACCUCUCCAGUAGCUACCUGGAGCCGUGCGACGGCAGCCGGCGAGAGCACAAAGCCACGCGCAGGGCCCCCCUGGCUGUCAUGGAAGGCGUACUCAGAGAGGAGCCUGUUGCACGGACACCCAGCUCGAGCCUCCCAGAGGCACCUGGGAAGAGCGCGGGGCAGGUGGACCAGGGUCAUCCUGCCCUAGACGCCUUUGACAACAACAAUCAGAUCGCCUUUGUGGAUCAGAGUGACUCUGUGGAGAGCUCCCCUGUCAAGGAAGGGAAAACUCUCAAUGGGACAGUGGCAUCUUUAGAGAAGGCAGAGAGCACCCCCAAGAAGGCUCCCCACUCCAAAGGAGCUCCUGAACCAGACAAGAGCUUGAGGAAAGGAAGGACGGCCUCGUCUAGCCAGGACUCCUCGACCUCCCACCCCUCGCCCCCGCCUUUAAAGAGCUCUCAGAAGGUGUGCCGUUCCAGGAGCAAGAUGGACUCCUCCCGGGCCAGUGGGCGACAUGCGUCCCCUGCCCCCAGCCAGGUUAGGAAAGAGCCUGGUCCCAGGACACAGGACACAGGGUCAUCAGCUCAUCAGAAACAGAAGUCGGUUUCUUCUCCCUCCUCCGCAGCUGCAAAGAAAACCACGUCCGGUUCGACAGCGAGGGGUCCCUCUGGGAAGAGCAGGACGUCAGAUCGAAGCCUCAGCAGGGAAGGCUCCAAAAUAAGCCUCGGUUCAGACAAGACAAGCAUCACGACCAGCUCCAGAACCAGCUCCCCGCGGGUCAGCCACUCCCGGAGUGAGAGCAGGACGGCAGAGAACAAGCACGUGCGCAGCUCCUCCAUGGCCAGCCUGCGGUCCCCCAACACGGGCACACGCUCAGGCCUGAAGAGGGACAGCAAGUCGGACGACAAAGGCCUGUCCUUCUUCAAAUCGGCCCUGAGGCAGAAGGAGACCCGCCGCUCAGCCGAUCUGGGCAAAACCACGAUGCUCUCGAAAAAGACGGCAGGGGGCUCCUCCAAGUUGUGUAGUAGGACUGCAGUUGAGGACAAGUCGGAGAAGAGCAGUCUGCCCCCGUCCUCUCAGCCACCCCCCAGCCCUGCUGCAAAAGAGAAGCUUUCCUCAAAAGAUGUCGCACCCACCAAGCAUUCUCUGCUUUCCAGCCGCAAAUCCAAGUCUUCCCAGCCUGAUCCUGGAGCCCAGUCGCCUGCCAGUGGCAAGCAGUCUGCUGACAAGUCAUCAAAAAAGUUACCUUCCAGCAUGCAAGUGUCUGCACGGCCUUCUCUGAAACCUCAGUGAGAUGCUGCGAUCCAGGUGUUUUUCUUUCUUCUGCUGAGAAGCUAAUUUAUUCUGAGUUCUUGUUUUUUGUUCAUGUGCCUAAUGUGAGUCUGAGGAGAACUGAACUGCAAAUUGUCAAAGCGCCUUUUGAUUCUGCCAUCAAACCAAAUAGCCACAGGCGGCCAGUGUCAGUACAAGCAGUCUGGCUGGAGUCAUUGUAGAACAUGAAUGCAACUGUCCCAUAGCAUUUAUACAGAAGUCUCUUUGUAGAAAAACGCAACAACUCUCUUCAGACACUAGGUUUAAAACCUGUAACCCAGUCGCACUGUAACGAGCGUGCUUUGUAGAACUGUGAACUAAUAUUCCUUUGGUUUACGCCCAGCAGGCUCCGUGCACGCUGACGCGUGGCCUUGUUCUGAUCUGCGGAAGAUGUGAAGGGAACUGUGGAAAGGAGAGACUGCUGCUUCUUUGUGCUCUCCCCCAUUUUUUCAAGCUUUUUUAAGGGCAAUAUCUCAACACUAAUGUUGUUUCUCAGGUAUAUACUCAGCCGGUAUAGGAGGGAUUAGCAUUAGUGAACAGACUGGUCCAAAAGGUACUCGCCGUGUGUGUGUGUGUGUGUGUGUGUGUGUGUGUGUGUGUGUGUGUGUGUGUGUAUAAGAGGUUUUUUUCAUUCCAACAGACUUUAGUUUUAUAAAGCAUAACCUGCAUUUUUUGUUGUUGCCAUCCAUGGAGACCUCAGUUUUGUCCCCUCUACCUCCCUUCUCCCUUUGAAGUGUUACACUAAACAACAGAGGACAUCACUAGCCAAGUUGCAAGCCAGUAGCUAAGAAGGGUCCACGGUAGGAGGAAUAUUACAAAUACCAAGGAAGACUGCUGUCUUCAUAGAUACUUGAAUGGUAGUGAUGCUGUUAGGACCCUCACUCAACUCCUGAGAAGAAGCAUUUUCUAUUGAGCUCAUAUGUGUAAUUGUAGUGGUGUGAACUGCCUCCCUGAUCUAUAGGAGUAGUGUUUUGAUGUCCAGCAUUUGCGACUCCUUUGCUUUCUCUCGGAAUGCUUUGAAAACCCUCUUCACAUGGAAGAGGCCAUGCCAAAAAUCAUGGAAAGCGUUUUGGCUUCUAGCGUAGUGCCACAUUGUCUCCAACGUGUGUUUUCUGCUCGCUGACAGGUCCGGCUGAAGCCUUGAGACACCAAAAUGGCUCCAAUUCCCUGGUAGACAAGGACGGCUGUCAAGGUUAGAAAACACUACAUCUAGCGCUGUCUUUGCACGCGCUGCCCCUCUGAAAGGUGGAGUCCUCAAGUUCUUUCAUACCCAAGUAGAAUUCUCUUUUCUUUAUUUCUUGAGUUGCCAUUAAUAUGUCAUAGUCUUGCUAGGAAAAUAACUGUCCUUCCCGUGUGGCACCAAUCUCGUAGCCUGUGAUAAGCUGGCAGAUGGUAGUGAAGCAGUGCUUCUGUGUGCUUAUCUCCGGUUCCCAUUGCGUCCAAGUUAAGUCUUUGCCUAUCAGAUGAUCUCUUCUGGCUCCGUGAGCCCCUGUGCAGACAGACAUAUUCGUUACCCUUUCCUGCUAAAUACCACAGCAGCAAAUGGCCCCGGAACAAAUUGUUCUUGUUAAACAUCUUGCUCCAUCUCCUCUCUCAUGAGCCUGUGUGUGGAUGAAGCUGCUGGGGUCGCUGGCUGUGGCACCCAGCUGCUCUGACUGUUUUGCACCCAGUUCUCCAGCAUAACCACAACAGGCUUUGAGAGGGGCUUAUCCUCAGGGUGACCAUCACCCAGGUAGUGCAGAAGACCUGUACAUACAGUUGGCACGUGUGUUCUGCUGAGCCCUCUGCCACGUGAAUGGGAACCUGGGGGCCAGGCAGCCCCAGGCUGCACGGAUCUGACUGCGUCUCCUGUGGUCCAUGUCCUUGGGAGCUGGAAGCAUUGGCACCAGCCUGCAGUGCCCUCUAGCCUGCCCGGUGGGCUGUAAUUUAAAAUGCCAAUGGAGCCACUUUUUUAAUCUAUUCCUGCUCCUGUGUGGUGUUUUCCCCUCACUUUGCAGAGCAGGAAGGGGUAGGAAAGCAUUGGUUCUUCUCAUAUCCAGCUGAGCAGAUGGGAGCUACUAAACGCACUUCUGCGGUGGCAACUGACUCCCUGGAACUUCGAUAUGGAAGCAUUAAUUGAAGGCCUUGUCUAUAUUAAGAUCUUGCACCGCAGGUGCUGCUUCCUUCCAGCAGCUCUCCUAGCAGGAAUCCAGUGUUAGUAGCUGGUGCUAACGUGGUUGGAGGCUUUCCAUAGAUGAUGCCUCAUUUUAUGUGCUCUCAAAUGAGGUGACAUCACGCAGCGUGACCCUGGAAUUGCUCCCUCCCCUUGCACUCUUGCUGGGGUGGCCUGCGCGAUGCAGACGGGCACCGGGUCACGGUUUCUGAGCAGUGCAUUUAGCCCCUGCGUUCCCUUCCUUGUUGAAGCAAAUUUGCAUCUAUCUCUGAACAUUUCUUAUAGACCCAGGCCCAUCCAGUGUGCAGGUACUGUGGCGAUGAGGAUGCUCCGUGGACACUGGCUGUGAUGUCAGAAUGGGAAUAAGAAGUUUCUUGAUGCCAGAAGUUCCAACAGCACACAUUAAAAGCAACAGUUGCCUCCUGGGAAAGGGGCAGUCUUGACAUCAUCUCUGCUAGCUCCCAAAUCUUCUGCCUUUCUGGAAGUUUUACUAGACAUGGGUCACUACUGGCACCUCUGAAAACAAGGACUGUGAUGUGCACAGGCAGGCGUGGGACUGACCGGCUGGCUUUGACAACAUUGCCAUCUUUCCUUUCCUCUCCCUUUUGGGGAAGAGCGUACUGAUGAGAUCUCCCCCUGCAUGAGUGAUGCUGCUGUCCUCCAAGUGCAGCCUGCCACAGGAAUGAGCCCCGGCUCACAGGAUGGCCCUGGUCGUUAAGACCUUUCCCAGCAGCCUGCUUUUGGCUGGGCAGGCUCAGCUGUACAGUAAACCCAUGCAGGGGUGGGGGGGUUGGGUGCAGCCAGUGGCCUUUUACAAUAAGGUGCACGUAUGUGGGCAAAUCCAAGCAGGUAGGUAGUCACCGGAAAGCAGUCUGUCUUCACGGGCAUGUGAAAUGCAUGGACAGAGCUACGGGGAAGGUGUUGUGACCAUCUGCUGCCGCUGCUCUCUGUAGCCUCUGCCCUUUAGGCGUUCUGGAUUUCCAGCACAAUGUGAAAGUUUUUGGUCUGUGAUGCCUAAACUGUUGGCACUUCCGGACCAGAACCGUUGUGCCAAGGAAUCCAAGCUGAACGCUGGACUGUAAUCCCCGACUGAACGGGGGCUCGGAGGUAGACGUUUCCAGAGCAGCCUGCAGGACGCUGGAGGCGGCCCGUGACGAGUGACGUUGCCAGUCUCUUCUCGCCUCCCCACCAGUCUCCUUCUCUCCUCUCCGGUGGAUGGGAGGAGCAGGACCCAGCCGUGUGCGUGCUGCAGCCCAAAUGCAUCGUAGUGCAAUGUUGAAGUGCCCUGGGCUGCGACUCCUUGAAAGCCAGCCUGGACUUGGCUUUGUAUUCCAGUCCUGUCAAUGUGUAGGCCUGGCCAGUCAGUCUGAAGCAGGGGCACGUGCGUGGUUUGUAGCAGUUUCUUUCUUUAGCUUUGGGUCUGAAGCAGCUUGGUGCUAGUGUGGAGAUGUGACCUGCACAGGAGGCAGGGCCCAGCCCCGCCUGGAGCCUGGGAGGCCGUGCACUGGCCUCAAUUCAGUGAGCAGCUGCAGUCCUGCUCCGUCUUGCUAGCGCGCUGCAGCCUGGCGCUCCUGCCCGUUUGCCUGGGACACGGUCUGGCCCCCGUGGAGGAGUUCGGCCCUGAAGGGAAAUGCUGCGAGGUCAGAAGCAGUCGGUUGGAAGAGGAAGCUGUGCUGUAACCUCCUAGGUGCGAAAUGUCUCAGCGAGGGAAGUGCGAUCCUAGCCUUGUCCUCUGACGCAGCCCCCCGAGGGACCAGGGGGAGGGGCGAGAGCCCCUGGGGGGGCCUGAUCCACGCUGUAGCCGUCUGCAGAUUAAUCCGGUGGGAACAAGCCCGCUUAUGAAAUUGUGUCGAUUAAAAAAGACUCUAGUUUCUAGUCGCUCCUAAUCCAAGAAUCAGGAGAGCGGGACCUUCAUCCCUCAGCUAGCUUCUUGCUCAAGCCAUCUCCAGAGAUUAUUUUCACCCUUUGGGGGCUGAAUUUUUUGGAUCUUAUUUCGUAGUAAGCAGAUUAUAAGUACAUUUUUAAUGAAGUGUAUUAUAGAGGCACCUUGUACUUUGUAUCAUUCACGUUUGAUAGACGACUCUUUGAUAAGCAUCUCACUUUGGAUGUAUGAACUUUUAACCCUUUCAAUCUUACACGGUCCACAUGGCUAAUCAAAGACCACACGCUUUCAGUAGAAAACUUAACGGCUUGGAUACAGUACCUUUCCCUGCCUUCUUUCCAUGCAGAGCUGUUUGCUUUCACAGCAGAAAUCUGAGCAUGAGCAACACCUUUUUCUGAAGCACCGGAGGCAGUUUUGCAUGGCAACUCCGAAUGCAUGCACUUACUAACUAUGCAAGCCACUAAUGCAAACCAUCGACCGUGCUGUUGGUAUCGGAAGCUGCCAGGUAGACUCUGGAGCUUUGUCUUGAGCCUGUAGUUUUGUUUCCCAGUGCAGCCGCGUGUCAGCACAUAGGAGCAUGUAGCUGGUUUCUUGCUUUAUUUGCACACCUUUGAUGCUUUCCUUUGCAGAACUCUGGAUUACUGACAAAGACUGGAGCACAGAAUCAAGUCAAAGGAAUCUGAAGGGUUGAAAAUGUGAACAAACUGGUUUUCUAUUUCGUUUUUUUUUUUUUUUUUUUUUUUAACCAGGACUAGCCUGAUCUAUGUUCUGUACGUAGCCUGCCACUUUCUGCACAGUUUCAAUGACACGUGCUAGUACACGAGGAAGGGGAGGCUGCCCAUAGCAGUGUGGACAGCAGAGAGACCACCAGGGAGUUUCAGGGUUGUGGAAGGGAGAGGGCUCCAGCCGCGGCACUGUCCGUCUCUGCAGCUAGGCUUUGGUACCUAGGCUUCUGCCCUCCCCAGACCCUGGCGCACUGCCCGCCUGCGUGCCCUUCUGCUCUUGCUUUAAACCCACUGCGCCCCUCGGGCUGCUCGGAGCCCUUCUCGUACGAUCUCGGGUGUCGCUGCCAGUGGAGCGCGCUUGGCGGCACAGGGCUCACAGGUCUUGGCAAACGAGCUGCUGGUCUCAAGGCAUCUUGCUUCAGCGCUGGCUUUCAGGUGGGCCUUUUCCCCGAGGGGGAAUGGAGGAGCCAGUAGUCUUGCUUGAAAACUUGACUGUGAACCUGGUAGGAGAUGCUGCCUCUUCCAUUAACAUCCUCUCCGACUCGGAUGUGAGCUAGCAAGUGCCAGGCAGCAGGGACCCCCGUUCAUGUGUGACAUGCAUCAGCCUCACUUCUUUUCUGGGCUUCUGUGCCAGGACCCCCUCCCGCCCCCCCGAGUUGAACAGCAAUUGUAAAGAAGGCUUGCUUGGAGAUACCAUUCCAAAUCAUUUUCCUGUAAUCCUCUUUGUAUCUUUCCUGUCAUUUGCCCACUAAUCCGAAAUAAUUUGGCAGUAUCUAAUGUUAUCCGUAGAGGCAACUGAAAUUUAGUUUUAAUCUGUGGUGAGCUGAAAUAGUACAUGGUUUUCCUGAAUAAAAGCACCGCGAAGCAUUUGUUACUCUUCGGAGCUUUAGUUUGCAGGAUGAAGAGAAAAAUGAAUAUAUAUGCAAUUACCUCUUCUUCCCCCCCCCCCCCC